AUGGCCACCAUCUUCAAGCCGGCUGCUCGCCAGGCUGUCCGAGCUGUCGCUCGCUCGUCAAUUCGUCCCUCCCUCACAAUCAACACCAACAUUCGCUCCCUCUCCACAACUCCCGCCCGCUUCCAAGAUGAUGAGAAAAAGGGUGCCGCUGCUCCCCCCGGCGCUUUUGCUCGUACCGACGACAGCCUCGUAAUUGAGCACCCGGCAGAUGAGGAGAUGCCGCGCUCCCCUGUUGUCCAGGGCCGGGGCGGGAUGCAUUUUAAGCGCACUCUAGCUUCGUUUUCGUUGGAAAAUAGGGUUAGUGUGGUUACUGGUGGUGCCCGGGGGUUGGGUUUGGUCAUGGGUCAGGCGCUAGUGGCUUCUGGCUCGGAUUUGGCGAUUGUUGAUUUGAACAAGGACGAAGCCCAAGAACAGGCCGAGAAACUUGUCGCCCAAUUCUCCAAAGAGAACCCCGGUCUGGAAGAACUCCCUAAGGUCACCGCUCACUACGCCGACGUGUCCGACCCCGAUUCGGUCAACGCCGUCCUCGCCAACAUCAUCGGACAACACGGCAAAAUCGAUAACCUCGUCACCUCAGCCGGAUUCACCGAAAACUUCGACGCCAUUUCUUACCCCUACGACCGCAUGAAGAAACUCUGGGGCGUCAACGUCGACGGAACAUACCUCUUCGCAACAGGCGUUGCAAAACACUUGAUGGAACGCAAGGCGCCAGGCAGCAUCGUCAUGAUUGGAAGUAUGUCCGGUGCCAUUGUCAAUGUUCCUCAACCUCAGGCUCCGUACAACGCCGCCAAAGCCGCUGUGCGACACUUGGCCGCGUCCCUAGCUGUUGAGUGGGCUGGUGCCAAUAUCCGGGUCAAUUGUAUCAGUCCCGGUUACAUGUUAACUGCAUUGACCAAGAAGAUUCUUGAUGAGAAUCCAGAGUUGAAUCGGAAGUGGACCUCGUUGAUCCCCCAGGGUAAGAUGGGUACGCCGGAGGAUUUGAUGGGCGCUGUUACGUUCUUGCUGAGUGAUGCUUCUCGCUACGUGACUGGUGCUGAUCUCCGUGUUGACGGUGGUUACACUGUCACCUAAGUCCUCUUCUAAAAGCGCGUUUCAUCUUUUUUAUUUCUGUCUCAGCGUGCUUUUUGUUUCUCCUUUCGGUCCUGCGACGGCCUAUCAUAGACGGUGUAUUACUUGCAAUUUCGGAAGAGAGAAAAUUUUUACUUUAGAGAACGGUUUUUCUUGCAUUGCAUGUUUUUUCUUUUGAGCUUUCUUCAAGCUUUGGGACGUGGAUUUUUUUUUUUCUUUUUUCUUGACACGAUGUCUUUUUGAUCGGUUGUGGAAUAUAUAGACUCAGAAGUCUAGCGAUACCCGCAUUUAAUUAAUUGUCUGAAUACAUAGGUGACUAUGUACCAGAUGUCCUUUUGCCC